GCGUGGACUGUUUCAAGUCUACUCCAGUUCAGAGUCAUUGCGAGGGGGGAAGGACAAGGGACAGAGAAGAAAAGUUAUAUACCCCUACCUGUCUGGCUGGUUGGGCCUCUCAGGCUGAACCCCAGUCCCAGCUCCUCUCUCAGGCUCUCACCAGCGCGCUCCAUGCCUCCAUUGAAAAUGCUUCGGCCUGAAGCACAAGCGGCUUAAGCAUCAUACGGCUGCUCUGCUCUGCUCGUCGACGGAUCAGUUCAGGCAAGCCAGCUGCUAGCUCCCUGGUCCAGGGUUCAGACCAUACUGUUGGAGGUGGAAAUCUGCUUUGCAGUGUCCAUUUUGUAGAAUCUCCUCGUUCCAAACUCCGUCAGCAGAAAUGGCGGAGGCUUUACUCUAUGCGGUCUCAAAGAUUGGUUCCACAUUAGCGGAAGAAGCCACGAAGGCCGUCAUAAACAAGCUAUCUGAGAAAGUUAAGAAUCUGAAGGAACUACCAGGGAAAGUUGAGGAACUAGAAAAUGAACUGAAGAUGAUGAGUAAUGUCAUAAAACAGAUUAGCACUCCAAAUCUUACUAACGAUCUUGUUAGGGGUUGGAUUGCACAGAUGCGGGAGCUGGUACACCGUGUUGAGGAUGUAAUGGACAAAUAUUCAUAUCAUGCUCUUACAUUGGAGGAAGAAAAUACCACGAAGAAGUUCUUCUCCAAAGCGCAUUAUGCCACAAUUUUCAGUGAAAUUGCUGAAGAGAUUAUCCAGAUAGAGAUGAAAAUUGAAAAUGUUGUGAAGCGGAGAGAUCGGUGGCUGCAGCUGCCCCAGUUCAUUCCUAAUCCCCUUGCUGAUAUUGAAAGAAAGCGUCCACAAGACUGCCUCCUGGAAGUUGUUCAAGCUGACCUUGUCGGGAUUGAAGACAACAGGAGCCAGUUGACCAAUUGGCUGUACUCUGAUGAGCAAGGUGGCACAGUGAUAACAGUAUCUGGUAUGGGUGGAUUGGGAAAAACUACACUGGUCACAAAUGUGUAUGAGCGGGAAAAGGGCAAUUUCACUGCUCAUGCUUGGAUUGUUGUGUCCCAGACGUAUGAUGUGGUUGAAUUGCUGAGGAAAAUGCUUGCGAAGAUUGGGCACAUGGAACUGUCACAGCUAGCAGAUUUGGAUGCCCAUGACAUGAAAGUAAAAAUAAAGGACAAACUAAGAGAUAGCAAAUGUUUGCUUGUACUGGAUGAUGUGUGGAACCGAGAAGCAUACACUCAGAUAAGGGAUGCAUUCCAUAACAUCGAAACAAUUCGUGUUAUCAUCACAACACGACAGGAAAAUGUGGCAACUCUUGCUCAACAAACACGUCAACUCAAACUCAAGCCAUUGGAACGCAAUGAUGCAUUCAACCUCUUCUGCAGAAAGGUUUUCUAUAACCGCAUGGAAUGCAAGUGCCCUCAGGACCUUGAGAAACUGGCUAACAAUAUAGUGGAAAGGUGUCAAGGCCUCCCACUUGCAAUUGUAUCCAUAGGCGGUAUGCUGUCUUCUUUGCCACCAGCAGAAUAUGUCUGGAAUGAGACGUACAAGCAACUUCGGGGUGAGCUAGCUACCAAUGAUCAAGUUCGUGCCAUUCUAAAUCUGAGCUACCAUGACUUACCUGGAGAUCUUAGGAACUGCUUCUUGUAUUGUGGUCUGUUCCCUGAGGAUCACCAAUUGUCACGGGAAAGCCUUGUGCGGCUGUGGGUUGCAGAAGGUUUUGCAGUGCGAAAAGAACAAAGCACAGCAGAGGAGGUGGCUGAUAGAUAUCUCAGGGAACUGAUUCAAAGGAACAUGCUGGAAGUUGUGGACAAUGAUGAGCUAGGCAGGGUCAGUACCUGCAAGAUGCAUGACCACGUGCGGGACCUGGCACUUUCUAUUGCCAAAGAGGAGAAAUUUUGUUUCGCAAAUGAUUUUGCAAGCAUGGUCGACAUGGACAAGGAAGUUCGUCGCCUGUCAUCAUGUGGAUGGAAAGAAAAAACUGCUGUAAGAGUUAAAUUGCUACGUCUUCGAACCCUAGUGGCACUUGGGAUAAUUGCAUACUCUCCUCAGUUGCUAUCCCCAAUUUUGUCUGAAUCCACCUACCUCACUGUUCUUGAGCUGCAAGAUUCCGAAAUAACUGAAGUACCAGCAUCUAUAGGAAAUCUUUUUAAUCUACGCUACAUUGGCCUGCGGCGCACCAGGGUCAAGUCACUACCAGAAUCUAUUGGGAGGCUCUCCAACCUCCAAACCCUAGACAUAAAGCAAACCAAAAUAGAGAAGCUACCACGAGCCAUUGUUAAGAUCAAGAAGCUGCGGCACCUUCUAGCUGACAGAUAUGCAGAUGAGAAGCAGUCAGAGUUCCGGUACUUCAUUGGAGUGCCAGCACCAAAAGAGCUAUCCAACUUGGCAGAACUACAGACUCUUGAGACUGUGGAAGCCAGCAAGAACUUGGCUGAGCAGCUGAUGAAACUGAUGCAGCUACGGAGCAUGUGGAUUGACAACAUAAGAGCAGUUGAUUGUGCAAAUAUUUUCGCCACACUCUCCAAGAUGCCACUUCUUUCUAGCUUGCUUCUCUCUGCGAGUGAUGAGAAUGAGACACUUUGCUUGGAAGCUCUCAAGCCUAAAUCUGAAAAGCUCCACAGGUUGAUAAUCAGAGGGUGCUGGGCAGAUAACACGCUACACUGCCCAAUAUUCCAUGACCAUGGCAGAAAUCUCAAGUAUCUAGCUAUAAGCUGGUGUCGCCUUUGGGAAGAUCCGUUGCAGCUGCUUGCGCCAUACGUGUCGAACCUCACCUAUCUUAGCCUUAAUAGGGUGAGUAGUGCAAGCACCUUGGUUCUUUCUGUAGGGUCCUUCCCACAACUGAAGACGCUCGUCUUGAAGCACAUGCCCAAUGUCGACCAGCUGCAGAUUAGAGGUGGCGCCCUUCCACAGAUUGAAGGCUUAUAUGUUGUGUCACUGAAAAAGCUGGAUAAGGUCCCCCAAGGCAUUGAAUACCUUCGCUCUCUGAAGAAGCUGUGGCUGCUGGAUUUGCACCAGGACUUCAGAGCUCAGUGGGACAGGAAUGGAAUGCAGCAGAAAAUGCAGUAUGUUCCAGAGCUCCACAUCUAGAAUUGUCACUACUGCAUUAGGGUCCCAUCUGCAGCAGCAUUAAUGCAUGUCACAUCUGGAUUUGUAAUUUGUUCAAUAAGUCGUUGGUUAUUGCCAUUAUUUGUCAAACUGCAAUAGAAACUAUGAUACGAUAUGUAUUUGUAAUUUGUUCAAUAAACCCAUAAACAUUGUCUUUCUUUUCACAUCAGGCUGUUGCCUAGUAGAAGUUGUAUUGUAGUUUGGAUUUGGAGUUUGAUUCCAUGUAAGAACCUGGCCCUUCUGUACCGAACUGCAUAAUGUAAUAAAUGUUAUAUCGUUGUCA